AGCAGCAGCAUGGCGGGGCUCCGACGCCCGCAGCCGGGCUGCUACUGCCGCACCGCCGCGGCCGUGAACCUCCUGCUGGGCAUCUUCCAAGUCCUCCUGCCCUGCUGUCGCCCGGGAGGGGCUCAGGGACAAGCGGUUGAGCCUUUGCCGAACGUGGUGGAGCUGUGGCAGGCAGAAGAAGGGGAACUCCUGUUGCCUACUCAGGGUGAUUCUGAAGAGGAUAUGGAGGAGCAUUCUCAAGAACAGAGCUUCUCAGACAAACUAUUUAGUGGAAAUGGCUUACAUUUUCAGCCAUCAGUUCUAGAUUUUGGAAUUCAGUUCCUGGGACACCCUGCAGCCAAGAUUCUCUAUGUUUAUAACCCUAGUAGGGAGAGCGAGGUCGUGGUGAAUUCAGUGUUUACAGCCGCUAGGCAUUUUCACGUGCCUCCCGUCCACUGCAGAGUAAUCCCAGCGAUGGGGAAAACUUCCUUCAGAAUUAUUUUCUUACCUACUGAAGAAGGGAGCGUGGAAAGUUCCUUAUUUAUUAAUACCUCCUCAUAUGGAGUCUUUUCCUAUCAUGUAUCUGGAAUUGGUACUCGCAGAAUCUCUACAGAAGGGUCUGCAAAGCAGCUCCCAAAUGCUUAUUUUCUGCUUCCGCAGGUCCAGAGCAUUCAGCUCUCACAAACACAGGCAGAAACCACUAAUACUAGCCUCUUGCAGGUACAACUGGAAUGCAGUUUACAUAAUAAAGUGUGUCAGCGAUUAAAGAGUUGUUAUCUGGAAUCUGAUGAUGUUUUACGGCUACAAAUGAGCAUAAUUGUAACAAUGGAAAACUCCUCAAAAGAAUUUGAAGAAAACACACAAAAUUUGUUAGAUCAUCUUUCUAUUAUAUAUGUAGCUACAGAUAAAUCUGAGACCUCGGAUGAUUCGGCAGUAAAUAUGUAUAUAUUACAUUCAGGAAACAGCCUUAUAUGGAUACAGGAUGUACAUCAUUUCUCACAGAGAGAUGCUCUGUCUCUGCAGUUUGAACCAGUACUCCUACCUACUUCUACGACAAACUUUACAAAAAUUGCCUCUUUUACUUGCAAAGCUACAUCGUGUGACAGUGGAGUGAAGGAAGAGAUGAAGAAAACAAAAAACGCUCCAGCACUAAACGCCUGCCUCUCCUCUCCUGUGGUUCCAGGGUAUUUUAGAAUGGAGUCUUCUGCAACCCAGUUUCACAUAGAGACCCACGAGAACACAUCGGGAGUUUGGUCGAUGUGGUACCUCAACCAUUUUGACCGUACUAUUGUACUAAAUGAUGUGUUUAUUUCCAAGGAGACCAAGCACCUUUUGAAAAUUCUGAAUUUCACUGGCCCUUUAUUUCUACCUCCAGGCUGUUGGAAUAUAUUUUCUUUGAAACUUGCUGUUAAAGACAUUGCCAUAAAUCUAUUCACCAAUGUAUUUUUGACUACAAACAUAGGUGCCAUUUUUGCAAUACCUCUACAGAUUUACUCUACUCUGACCAAGGAAGGGAGUCUGGGUUUUGAAGUGAUAGCACAUUGUGGCAUGCAUUAUUUCAUGGGAAAAUCAAAAGCAGAAAAUCCUCAUUGGGAAGGGAGCCUCUCUCUGGAUCGGUUUACUUGGGAUGCGGAUUUCGAACUUGCAAAUAAAUUGUAUGAAAGAUGGAAGAAAUUUAAAAACGGUGACGUCUGCAAGAGGAGUGUUCUAGGAAUGACUCGGUUUGCCCACCUGAAGAAAUCCAGGGAGUCGGAGCCCUUCGUUUCCUUCCUGCCUCGUUUGCCUGCAGAGCCUGGCCUGGUGUUGAACUUCAGCGCCACCGCCCUCAGGAACGGCGUGGUGAAGUACUUCGUGGUGAAGAACCCUUCCUCUUUGCCAGUCUCCUUGCAGCUCCUGCCUCUCUCCUUGUAUCCCAAACCCGAAGCUGCAGUGCGCCUGCUCAACAAAUGGUUUGGCAUUGAUAUGCAGAUGAUUAAUUUCACAACUGGUGAAUUCCAGCUCACCCGAGCUUGCCCUUACCAGGGCGUGCAUUCUGAGGAAUCCAGGUUUGGCAGUCUCCACUUACAUUUGCAACCCUUGGAAAUGAAAAGGGUCGGUGUCAUUUUCACACCAGCUGACUACGGAAAAGUUACCUCACUCAUCCUAAUCCGGAAUAACUUGACUGUCGUCGACAUGAUUGGUGUGGAAGGGUUUGGGGCCAGAGAGUUACUGAAAGUGGGCGGAAGACUUCCUGGAGCGGGAGGUUCGCUGCGAUUUAAGGUGCCCGAGUCCACGCUGAUGGACUGCCGCCGACAACUGAAAGACAGCAAGCAAAUUUUAUCUAUUACGAAGAACUUUAAAGUUGAGAAUAUUGGACCACUUCCUAUAACUGUGACGUCUCUGAAAAUUAAUGGGUAUAAUUGCCAAGGUUAUGGAUUCGAAGUGCUAGAUUGUCGUCAGUUUUCCCUGGACCCAAACACAUCACGGGAUAUCAGCAUUGUGUUUACUCCAGACUUUACCUCGUCCUGGGUCAUUCGUGAGCUAACUCUCGUCACUGCAGCAGACCUAGAGUUUCGCUUCACUCUCAAUGUGACCCUCCCUCAUCACCUGUUGCCUUUGUGUGCGGAUGUGGUUCCCGGACCCAGCUGGGAGGAGUCGUUUUGGAGGCUUACGGUCUUCUUUGUCAGUUUGUCCCUGUUGGGUGUGAUUUUAAUAGCCUUCCAACAAGCACAGUACAUUCUUAUGGAGUUCAUGAAAACAAGACAGAGGCAAAACGCUAGCUCCUCUUCACAGCAAAACAGCAGUCCGAUGGACGUCAUCAGCUCCCAUUCUCAUAAAAGCAACUGCAAGAACUUUCUCGAUACCUAUGGCCCCUCUGAUAAAGGCAGAGGGAAAAGCUGCCUUCCGGUGAACGCCCCGCAAAGCCGGAUGCAGAAUGCUGCAAAGAGGAGCCCGGCUACCUACGGUCAUUCUCAGAAGAAGCACAAGUGCUCAGUCUAUUACAGCAAACACAAACCCAGCACAUCUGUUGCCAGCAGUGCCAACACUAAUCCUGAGGAGAAACAGACUUCAACCCCAGGCAGCCCCCCGUCUGCCCCUAAAGAGGGCGUGUGCGCUGAUGUUAUGGGUGAGAACUGGAUAAACCUCAAAUACGCAAGUGGCAUGAAUGUCCACCUGCAAAAGAAUUUAACCCUUCCCAAAAACUUACUGAAUAAAGAGGAAAACACACUGAAAAACACAGUUGUUGUCAAUAAUACUUCUUCAGAAUGUCACGUGAAGGAGGGAGUACAGACAUGUAUGUUUCCUAAGGAAACGGACAUUAAAAUUUCAGAAAACAUAGCUGAGCUCAAGGAACGAGAGCUUGGUCCUCUGAAGACCUCUAAGAAACUACCUGAAAAUCAUUUGCCAAGAAAUUCACCUCAGUACCAGUCAGACUUGGCAGCAAUUUCCAGGAAAAAUAAUGGGAAUAACCAGCAAGUGCCUGUCAAGAAUGAAGUAGACAAUUGUGAAAAUUUGAAAAAGGUUGACACAAAGUCUUCUUCAGAAAAGAAGAUUCACAGAGCAUCUAAAGAAGACAUAUGUUCUGAGAAGCAGGACAUACCUUCUGUCGAGCAAGAAGAUCCUUAUAGAAAGAAGAAGCUUCAGGAGAAGAAAGAAGGGAAUUUACAAAAUUUAAAUUGGAAUAAAAAUCGAACGUGUAGAAAAAACAAGAAAAGGGGUUCUGCUCCGGUCUUGAGGCCUUCUGAACAGAGUGAAUUAAAACUUGUGUGCGGUGAAUUUGAAAGGUCCGAACUGAGCAGGGACAUCGAUGUAAGAAACUGGUGUAUAGAGGAAACCCCUGGAGAACUGUGUAAAACGGAUGCCGGCGUCGGAAGGAGCUUGCCUGCUGCACAGAGAGAGGCAGAGGGUUACUUCCAGCAGCCCGGGAAGAAGUGUGCGGAGAAGUCUUGCUCGGAGUCCAGCUCGGACUGCGGCAGCUCCUCGGGAAGCGUGCGUGCCAGCCGGGGCAGCUGGGGCAGCUGGAGCAGCACCAGCAGCUCGGAUGGGGACAAGCAGCCCGUGGUGGGCCCUCGGCACUCCCUGCCAGCCGGAGACGCUGUUUCACAAAACAACUUUCCUUCAGAAACCCCCAUCUCCUUGAACCUUUGUCAUAACAUCUGCAAUCCCACAGACGUGCAUAAUCUCCCACAGUAUGCAGAAGCUCCCUGUCCCAGCCUUCCUGCCGGGCCUGCAGGCCUCGAGGAAGACAAAGGUCUUUACCCCCCUGGAGACCUGUGGCCCGCGCAGCCCAUGUGUGUGGCAGGCGGCUUCAACUGCACUCUGGAGAACACGGUGCCCAGCCUGAUGCAGGGACCAGCCCCGGUUCAUAACAGGUACAAGGUCUCUUCGCGGACUGCAGCCUUGCUUAGCCCGUGGGCGUGGGAGUUUAUUGAUCACAACUCACAGUCUACCUGGAACACCCCACCCAACAUACCGACUGCCUGGGGACAUGCUGGUCUUAUCAGCUCUCAGCCCUACCUCACAAGCACCCGAAGCUUAUCUCCAAUGUCUGGACUUUUUGGUUCCAUCUGGGCCCCUCAAAGCGAUGUGUAUGAAAAUUGCUGUCCCAUCAACCCCACCACGGAACAUUCGACCCACAUGGAAAGCCAGGCGGUCAUGUGCAAGGAAUACUACCCGGGGUUUAACCCUUUUCGUGCCUACAUGAACCUGGACAUAUGGACUACGACGGCCAACAGGAAUGCAAAUUUCCCACUGUCUAGAGACUCGAGCUACUGUGGGAAUGUAUGAGGAGAGUUCGAUUUUUAAACAAUGUGAAUAAAGAGGCUUGUGUUUUGCUGACUAGCGUAAACUGGUUCUUGAGAUAGAUGAUGACGUUGGUGGAUAUUUUGGCACUUUUAUAUGGAAAUAAACUUUUUUAAUGAAA